AUGUCUGUAUUUGUUUCAGGAGCAAAUGGAUUCAUUGCAUUGCACAUAGUUAGUGACUUGUUAAAGUUAGGGUACAAGGUUAUCGGUUCCGUCAGAUCACAGGAGAAGGCUGAUCAGCUUCAUAGGCAGUUUAAAAACCCAAAUCUGUCAGUUGUGAUCGUAGAGAAUAUCUCCAAUCCCGGUGCCUUCGAUGAGCUAUUCCUUAAAUAUGGGAAAGAUAUCAAGGUGGUGUUACAUACAGCUUCUCCAUUUCAUUAUAAUACAGAAAAUUGUGAAAGAGACCUUUUAAACCCAGCAGUUAAUGGAACCAGGAAUAUAUUGGAGUCUAUAAAACGUUAUGCGUUUGAUUCUGUUGAGCGCGUUGUGAUUACAUCUUCCGAUGCGGCCGUUACCAGCUUCAAGGAUGAUACCAAUCCGAACAACCUUCUGACAGAAGACUCUUGGAAUAAAAUUAGCUGGGAAGAAGCAACUAGGGGUCCCGAAGAAGCAUAUUAUGGCGCAAAGACAUUUGCUGAAAGAGCUGCGCACGAUUUUUGGAAAGAAAAUCAAGACAAGGUAAAGUUCAAGUUGUCAACAGUGAACCCAGUUUGGGUUUUUGGCCCACAGCUAUUUGACGAAAAUGCUCUCGGGGAAGUAAAUACUUCUUGCCAAUAUAUCAAAGCUAUUAUAGACUCCAAGAUGGGAGAGAAACUUGAUAUGGAUAUUGUAGGCGGAUACGUCGAUGUACGCGAUGUCUCGAAGGCGCAUAUGGUUGCUUUUCAAAAGGAAGAAUCGAUUGGCAGAAGGCUGGUUUUGUGUGCAGGCAGAUUCACUCUCCUGAAUAUAGCCGACGUUCUUUGCGAAAGUUUUCCCCAAUUAGCAGGUAAAAUUGCCUCAGGAAAUCCUGAUGAAAGUUUCAAGCGCUUAAAUUCGUUAGCGAAAUUCGACUACACCAAUACAAAUAAGAUAUUAGACUUUGAUUUCAUACCUUUUGAGAAAACCAUAUGCGACACUGCAGCACAAAUGCUGAAGAUGGAAAAGAGACAAUUGUGA